GACUAUAAAAAUAAAUAUAAAAAAAAUCGCGUGCAUUACAGUAGCCCGGAAGACGACACAUUCUUUUUUUUUUCUUUUUAAUCAUUUCUGCAAUGUCUCAAACCACAGCUACAACAGAACCGGUCGAAGUCACCAAUGUGUAUGACGCCACACAACUUAAAAAUGCUGUUGAUGAUGAACUUGCUCGAUUCUAUUCCAAAGAUUUAAAUUUUGUUCAAUCCCAUAUUCAUACAGAUAUCAAAUUAUUGUUGGGUUACGUAUCAUGUUUGAUUGCAGGAGGUGCUUUCUUAUAUGAAUACAAGACCAGUUUUAACGAGGCUCUUCAGACCACCACCAUGUGUGUGAUUUCGUAUUGGAUUAUUCAAAUGGUUGCUUUUACUUAUUCUUAUGUAUAUGAAAAGGAUGAGAUUUUUGCUGGUACUCAAAAGGUGGAUGGAAAGGUGACAGGAUCGUUAAAGAUUUCAGGAAAGUUGGAUAAAUUCUCAUCAGUAUAUGAAUUAAAGUUCACCUACAAGGAUAAAUCAAGUGGAAAAUCCGUGACAAACCAUGUUCAACCCAAUGUUGCUAAAUGGUUUACGACAAAAGGUACUUUGGUAUCAGAGAUCAUUGAUAAGGAUUUAUCAAUGUAUUUAACUACACUCCAAAACAAAUUACACCAACAAUAAAUCGUUUUUUGUUUUUAUUAUUUAUUUCAUAU